CGCGUGCUCGCGGAGUUCCGCCCCGGGGAGGUGACCGUGGACGGGCACCCCGCGGACUGGGACGGCGUGGAGGCGUCGGAGUUCGCGCUGCUGCCGGCUCUUGACCCCGACGAGGACAGAGCCUACGCCGGCGGCAAGGUUUCCGUCAAGGCUAUGCAUGAUGGCGUCAACAUUUUCUUCAUGCUGAAAGUUGAUGGGGAUUACACCUACACUAAAGGCGAAAACAAGAAGUGCCCUUCUGUUGCUCUGAUGUUCCAAAUUGGAGAAAAAGCCACGUACUAUAAUAUGGGAGGGUGCAAAGAUUUGCCUGGGUCGUGCACAAGCAAAAGUUGCAGAGGUCAAGAGGUUGACAUUAUGCACUUUUCUGUUGGAAGCGCUAUCCCUGGACGUCUUUAUGGUGGCAAUCACAUAGAUAAUGCAGAUGGAAAUGGAGGUGAUAGAUUCGGUCAUCUUGUUGAUUUGUAUGCAUGGAAUCCACAUUGUCGAUACCUUGACGGGAUUGGUCCUAAAGAGAAUGAUUCAAAUGCUCAGAAUGAUUGGCAUGGGGCAUGGUGGCAUAGCUCACUGACCUUUCACUCAGGCUUUGUGGAUGAUGACAGUCCUUAUGGAAAACAAGAUGAGAAGGGUACAUAUUAUUUUGAAUUUUCAAGGCCCCUAAGAACAAUGGAUCGGUUUCAGCAGGAUGCACAGUUCACAAUAGGUGGGCCCAAUAGCAUGUCUGUAGCAUUCUGGUACCCAGACGAUGGCAAACCAUGGAGCAAGUCCGACCAUUAUUCGGCCAGCUGCGACUGGUUGGUUCUUGAUAUUCAACCUUCCUUGGAAGCUGCGCAUUACCACCCUGCUCCAAAUCGUUCAUGGGAUGCUGCAACUGCCUUUGCAUUGCUACUUUCGGUAGUAGCAAUCUGUAUAUCCGUUUUUGUGGGCUACGGAGUUUCUAAGAACAAGAACAGCGUCCAAUUUACACCACUUGAGCAGCUCUAAUUUGAUCAAUGGAGAAAAGAAUUUGAUGGACUCGACUUCCUUUUUUUGUGAUGCAACAAGCCAACAAGGGACUCUUUUUUUUGCUGCUGGUGCAAACACCUAGACGUCGACGGAUUCUUGUAAUCUAGUGUAGGACACUGAAAAUACAUACGACUCAGACUAAAAUAUUUUGAUUUUUAUACUUGUACGGUAUAUUUUCUGUAAAUGUUGUAUCAUGUAUACAUGUAAUUGCUGUGUUUUAGCGUUGUUAUCGAUAGCAUGCUACUACUUUCACUAUCGACCUCUUAUGUUUGGAUAU